AUGAGGCGAAAUAAACGACCACGAACCGAUACUUCAGUCGAUUAUAAUAACAACAAAAAACAAAAAUCAGACACAUCAGCAAUUGAAACCAACUUAUCAGGUCACAAGCGUGUCUCUUCACUCGAAGAUCUUUCCAAUGAACUUUUCUACGAAAUCUUCGAUUAUCUUCUCGAUCAUCAUGCAUUUCUAGCCUUUUACGACCUUAAUAAUCGAUUUCAAAGAUUCUUUAUGAGUAUGAAAAUAUCAAGCCAUCCUUCUCUGUACCGUUUGCAUAUAACUGCUGCUCACGCUUUCGGUCAACAAGAAAAACAUCAUUCAGCUAUUGAACAUUUUCAACAAGCAUUAGAAAUACAGGAAAAUCAUACUGCAGUUGAUAGAAAAUCGGAAAUGAUAUUUUUAAACAAUCAAUUGGGAUAUUGUUAUUACAUGUGUGCUGCAUACGAUACAGCUUAUGAAUAUUGUCAUAAAUCAAUUGAAAUAGCUAAAAAUUCAUCAUAUUCAACGACACAUUCUUCAAUGGUGGACAAUUACGAAUUAUUUGGAAAUAUUUAUGUACAUUACAAUGAUAAAGUGUUGGCUCGUAAUUGUUUUAUAAAAGCAUUGAAUUUGUUACAAACUAUGAAAUUAGUUUCUCCUACAGGCAUAAAACGAAUUAAGAAGUCUUUAGAAAAUUUAAGAUCCAGCAGUACAUAA